AUGGAAGCAGAAUUACAGGCCUUGAUUGACAAUAAGACCUGGGAUCUUGUCACAAUGCCGCCAAAUUGUAAACCAAUUGGCUGUAUAUGGGUGUACAAGAUCAAAUAUCGAGCUCAUGGCUUCGUUGAAAGAUUCAAGGCACACUUGGUUGCCAAAGGCUUCACUCAACGGGAAGGGUUCGAUUAUCACAGAACAUUCUCACCUAUCGCCAAAGACGUCACAAUACGUUCAUGUUUGACAGUUGCAGCUGUUCGUGACUGGUCCUUACACCGGAUGGACGUUCAUAACGCCUUCCUCCACAAAGAUUUAGAUGAAGAAAUUUAUAUGGACGUUCCUCAGGGAUUAAGGAGACAGGGGGAGAAGAAAGUGUGUCGCCUCCGAAAAUCCCUUUAUGGGUUGAAACAAGCUUUUACUUUGAGUGGUUUGAUCCCUUCAUCAAUUGGAAGCCUAACCAAUUUAACCAUAUUACGCCUCUGCUACAACGGCUUUUCUGGUUCCUUGCCUCCUGAAUUUAAUAAAAUUACUCAUUUGAGUGCUUUUGAUUUAUCUUACAAUGAACUCGAAGGGCAAUUGCCAGAUGAAAUAUGCCAGGGGAAACUAUUGCAGAAUUUCAGUGUCAUAAACAAUUAUUUCACAGGGCUCGUUCCAAAAAGCUUGAGGAACUGCAGUGCAUUGAUAAGAGUGAGGCUUGAUGGAAAUCAACUUACAGGAAAUAUAGCGGAAGCUUUUGGAAUAUACCCACAGCUGGAAUUUAUGGACUUGAGCCACAAUUAUUUGUUUGGUGCGCUUUCUAGGAAAUGGGGGCGUUGUUGUAAUUUGACAGGCCUAAGAAUAUCCAACAAUAAUAUUUCUGGUGAGAUACCCUCGGUAUUUGGAAGGAUGACUCAAUUACAGGAAUUAGUCUUGUCUUCGAAUAAUUUGAGAGGAGGGAUUCCGAGGGAGUUGGCAAGCUUGCGGUUUUUGCUAUAUCUCAUCCUCAACAAUAAUUGGUUCACAGGUGACAUUCCCAGUGAAAUAGGAAUUCUAUCCAGACUGGAGCGUCUCAACCUAGCAUCAAACAAUUUUAACGGAUCAAUCCCAGUGCAACUCAUUCAAUGCACAAACUUGUGGAGCUUGAACUUGAGCAAAAAUAAACUCGAAGGAAGCAUUCCUUUUGAGAUAGGCAACAUGCAAUUCCUAAAAGGUCUUGAUUUGAGUCAGAAUCUAUUGACUGGAAGAAUACCAAAAGAGCUAGGAAAGCUGACAGUCCUCGAAACCAUGAAUGUCUCCCACAAUAACUUGUUUGGUUCGAUCCCUCGAACUUUCAGUGAUAUGUUAGCAUUAACUAUUGUUGAUGUGUCCUACAAUAACCUUGAAGGUCCUCUCCCAAAUGUCAAAGCUUUUAAUGAUGCUCCAUUUGAGGCAAUUUGGCACAACAAGAGACUCUGUGGGAAUGUUGUUGGUUUACAAAAGUGCAACCCUCGUAUGAGCAAGAAAGGUAAUGGAGACGAUGGGCAUCGAACUACUGCUAUCCUCGUUCUUUCGUUCUCGGGGUUUCUGCUUCUUGCUUUAAUCUUGAUCAUUCUCUUGAUCUUUGUACGUUGUCAAAGGAAGAAUAUCAAGAAAAAGAAAAUUGGACCAUCGAAUGAUCUAGACUUUUUGCGUGUACUGGAUUUUGAUGGCAAAGCUUUCUACGAGCGAAUCCUGGAGGUCACAGAAGGAUUUGACUCCAAGUUCUACGUAGGGGAAGGAGCAUACGGCGUUGUUUACAAAGCUGAACUGGCAACAGGUCAAAUUGUUGCUGUCAAGAAAAUUUCUUCGUCCCAUGAAGAGGAGUUUCUCCACUUCAAAUCUUUUGAGAGGGAGAUUCAAGCCUUAUCUGAUAUCCGCCAUCGCCACAUUGUGAAACUUUAUGGGUUUUGCUCUCAUGUGCGCCAUUCAUUUUUGGUGUAUGAGUACAUAGAAAGAGGAAGCUUGAGAACAAUUUUGAAUGAUGAUGAGAAAGCAUCAGAGUUUGAUUGGGACAAAAGAGUAAACAUGGUUCGAGGAGUAGUGGAUGCAUUGUCCUAUAUGCAUCACGAUCGUUUUCAUCCAUGGAUUCAUAGAGACUUGACCAGUAACAAUGUUCUGUUGGAUGGUGAUUAUGAGGCUCGGGUUUCGGAUUUUGGCACCGCAAGACUACUGAAGCCAGAUUCAUCAAACUGGACUGCAAUAGCUGGUACUAUCGGUUACAUUGCUCCAGAGCUGGCUUAUUCUAUAAUUCCAACUGAAAAAUCUGAUGUGUAUAGCUUUGGAGUCGUCGCAUUAGAAACAAUAAUGGGAAAGCAUCCAGGAGAUCUUGUCUCUUGGGAAUGUUCAUUGUCCGCCAAAAUUGAGUCACCUGCGUUGUUGAAGGAUGUGCUAGAUCAACGUCUCUCACCUUCUAGGGUUCAACUUCGAGAUGCAGAAGAUGUGGUCUCUAUUGCACGGCUAGCAUUUGCAUGUUUGCAAGCUGAGCCGUGGCUUCGACCGACCAUGAGACAAGUUUCGCAGGAGCUCCGCAUUCGAGUUCCACUGGAAAUGCCAUUCUCUGCACUCAGCUUGAAGCAACUUCGUGGUUUCAAUGGCAGGAAAUUUCAAGCAUCGCAAGGAGAUUGUAAGUUUUGA